AUGUCUCACCAACGCAAGAAAUCCCUCCUCAUCGGGAUAAACUACACAAACUCCAGCCACGCCCUGCGCGGCUGCCACUCCGACGUGGACAACAUGACCGACUUCCUCUCCUACCGUGGCUACGACAACUCGCACAAGAACCAGGUGAUCCUCACUGACCGCCCCGAGGUACCUCAUGACAGCCCCUUCUACCCCUCCGGCCACAACCUGCUGGCGGCCAUGGACUGGCUCGUGUCUGAGCCCGGCUGCACGCUAUUCCUGCACUACUCGGGCCACGGCGGGCAGAUUGCCGAUGUGGAUGGGAACCGCUCCACGGGCAUCGACGACACGAUUGUGCCUGUUGAUUUCGAGACGCGCGGCCAGAUUAGUAGUACGUUGCUGCACGAGCAUUUGGUCACGAGGAUGGCGCCGGGGUGUACUUUGUUUAUCAUCAUGGAUUGCUGUCACUCGGGCUCUGCGGUGGAACUGCCCUAUGUGUACCGCUCGGAUAGCGAUGGGCAGAUUAGUUUGCUGGACAAUCUGCGGGUUGGGGCGAGGUUGGUUGGGGAGGCGCAGAGGCUGAUUGAUGGGGGGUUUAGUUAUAGUAAGGUUGGGGAGGCGCAGCAGUUACUCGCGGGUGCGAGUAGUUUCUUCAAGGGAUUGAGGCAUAUGGGCGAGCAGGAGGAGGAGGGGCUGGAUGCGGGGGAGUUUGCGGGGCAGUAUGGCAGCGAGCAGAAGAUGGUGACGAUGUUUUCGGGGUGCAAGGAUGAUCAGACGAGUGCGGAUGCGAAUAUUGAGGGUGAGGCCACGGGCGCGAUGACGUGGGCUUUCUUGGAGACGAUGAAGAGUAAUCCGAAUCCGUCGUAUGCGCAGGUGAGUACACAAAGGCAUUCGGGGAAGUGA